GGUCGUACACGACCUCAAGUUCUGCGAUUAACAGAAAGAAAUAUGGAGCGCCUGGACAUUUUGCUGCCUUUGUUACUAACUGGAAUCGCUUCAGGAGAACAAUCAACGAAUGCACCUAUCCCGGAAUCGGCGAUAACACGUACCCUAUAUGAACAAAUGUCCAGAACAUCUCACGACAAAGGACGUGAUACCAAUAUUUGGGAUUACGAAAACUCGUAUCACAUUGAUCUACAGAAAGCUUCCAGUGAGCAUCAUGGGAGAAAGAAGAGAUUUUCCUUCUGGCAUCCGUUUGGCAAACAACAAAUCGACUACGAGUAUGUCCAUCAGGAACUGAACGGCAAACUAAUUAAACGGCAUAAUAAGUAUGCUAAAAAACGUCAUCAUAGAAACCGACACCCGAGGAAAAUGAGGAACAAUGGAAAAUCUCGCCGAAAAAUGCACGCUCACAAACAAAAUGACUUUAUUGACAAGCAGUACCGUCAAAGAAAAACAUUUCGCUAUGGUAAAUAGAUUGUGCUGUGUUACGAUUAAUAUUAGACUUGUCAAAUAUAUAGCAUGAAUUGGUUGAAAUGCAUGUAUUGUUAAGCAACUUAAGGAGGCUCCACACUUUAGCAAUUAACCAACGGAAUUCGUUGAAACUUUCACAUAAUA